GUGGUCUAAUAAUUCCAACCAAUCACAGCAAGCCAAAUAUCUUUUUCAAUACAGCUCUUCAGUCCUUUAGUAUUUGAUAGAAAUUUUGUCUCGCUGGGUCACCAAUAUGUCUGAAACAUUUUAAUGGAUGUUUUGAUGCGCAUUUGUGUUGUAGUAUUUAUCAAAAGAAAUAUUCGUUCGAUAUUUCUUCGCGAUCAUUGGGGCAAAAGUGACUUUGUGCUCUUGUGAAAGUUUUGCAGCAGACAGCACCUCAGUCUCAAAAUAAAAACAUUCGCUGAUAUCCCACUUUCAUAUGAAAGUAGGUUAUUGUCUAUCUGCUAUUUCGUUAAAAUUAAAAUCGUGUUCGUGGCUGCCUGAGGUUUUGCGCUAGGGUGAUGAGCUCACUAAACAUGCCAGUCACGCUGAUCGUCAAAGCUCCCAACCAGCAGAUUGAGGACCAAACCAUCCAGUGUGAACUUAGCUGGACUAUCAAACGCCUCAAAGGCUAUCUCUCUGAGGUGUACCCAAGUAAACCAAGCACAGAUGAGCAGAAACUGAUUUACUCUGGUCAUUUACUCAAUGACUCAUGCACACUUCAAGAGGUGCUUAGAACAUAUGAAGAAGGUCAAGACCAACAUACUGUACAUCUAGUAUGUGCCAGAAACUCAAUGGUCCCUCCAAAAAAAACAGAACCCACGGGAUCAUCAUCCGAAAGCAAUCUACGAAGACGGAAUGUCCCAGGGCCAAGCACCAGCAGUGGCCGUGGCAGUGUGAGCCCCACUUCAAGCUCAAACAGUAGCAAUGGUGCUGCUGGAGCCAGUAGUUCAGCUAGUAGUACUAGCACAAGUGCUACUGCAGCUGCUGCAACAACACCCCUGCCCGGUGCAGCUCCUACUCAGGCGGUCCCUCCACAGGCAAUGCCCCCAUUUUACCCUGCACCCCAAAUACCCGCAUUCGCUCAAUUUCCCCAAAUUCCACCAUAUGCUGCCCCUCCUCAGGUGAUUCCAUGGACUCAGGCUCAGUAUGCAGCCUGGAUGCACCAGGCAUACGCUCAGUAUAUGGCACAAUAUAUGCACAUGAUGUCACAAGGAUCUGGAAACCCAUUCCAAUGGCAAGUGCCACCCAAUGUGUCUGUACGAGGACCUCAACCUAAUUUUGAUCAGCCUGGUGCUGCCCAAGGCCAAGCUGGUGUUGCAGAGCGUCCAGCUGGUGCUGAGGAGGGUGAUGAGGAAGAGAAUGCUGGCAGAGACUGGUUAGACUUGUUCUACAUGACUAGCCGUGCAGCAGCAUUUUUUGCUUUUGUUUAUUUUUACACCACUCCUAUGCGUUUUCUGGUUGUUUUUUGCCUUGGUCUUCUUAUGUACCUGUACAACAUUGGUUUCUUCAGACCUCUUGAUGAUUUUGUUCAAGUAGCAGAGAACAACAACGACCCAGCGAGAGUUGAUGCUGCUGCCGCCGCAAUCAAUGGAAAUAACGACAACAAUAACAAUCAUCAACCUGCAGAUGGUGCUGGUGGAAAUGAGGAAGUCCCUCAAAAUAAUCCAGAUGGAGCUGUACCCACUGUGCCUCCUGCAGCUCCCCCUGUGCCAGAUAGACCUUCUCUCUUGGCCUUAACAUGGACCUUUUUUACUAGCUUCUUUGCUUCCCUCAUUCCAGAGCAGCCUGGAGUCAUUUAGACAAGGUCAGGAUCAACUCUGGGAUUCCCCCAACACAUCUGUGAUCAUUGUUUUGGAGAAGCACUGGUUUAUACAAGUUGCUUUUUCUGAGCACCUAAAUGUUACCACUCCUGCAUGCUGGCAUGUUGGUGCAACAAGCAUCAUCAUUUCUAACCAGUAUCAUUUGAUUUAUGAAAUAGAUUUUUUUUUCUGGAAGUUUAGUUUAUUGAGUCUAUUAUGAUCUGGAAUUGCAAGUUGAUGUAAACCUGAAUUUUGAAUGCACCAUACUAUUACCGUAAAUUUCUGCAUCCCUAAAAUAAUAAUUUUGAUGGCUUAACAGAUCAUGAAAACAGGUGUCUACUUUCUAGUACUGUUCUUGUCAGAAUGGAAUAUAGAUAGUAUAUUUAUAGUGGAUGAACAAUUUUGGUUGAAAGAAAUUGAAGGAUAUUGUUUGAACAUUCCUUACUAUUUCUCACACAUUUCCAGUUGUGGGUCACACCUGAUUGAUUUUAUUUUGAUUUUCAGCGCCAAUGUUUUCUUUGUUUGGUUUAUGCCUUUGAGAUUUAACUGUUAAUGCAUACUGUGGGGGCUCUUUUCUUUUUGAUGUUUGGGCAAACAUCUAACAAACAUUAUGAAACCAAAAAUAUUCAUAUCAUGGAGAAUAUUUAUUAUUAUUUAUAUGGUUGUUUCUUUUCUUACUUUCUUUCCACCUAUAAUGAUUUUUGUUUUUCUUUCUUUUCAUCUUCUCUCUCACUGCAUAGUCUGAACUCUUCAGUUUAUUUGGCUAAUUUAUUCCAAAGAAAGACUGGUCAACAUGGUCCCUUAGUUUCCUCACAGGCAAUGUACAUUACAACUACUGAAAGUAAUGUUACUUUCCGUGCCAAAAAGAAAUGCAGUAUGUUGAAAUGGAAGAGGCAUGCUAUUUUUAUGAAUCUGUCACCUGGAAACCUUCCCACCUCUUGCUUAACUGUUACACAUUGAUGAUCAGGAGCGGAUUCAAGUGGUUCCUAAAAGGGCGAUGCCUCGCUUUUUGGCUGCUUCCUGGCUGAAAGUUUUGCAUUUUGUAUACAGAUCAGGCGAUGACAACGCCGGGUCCCUCUUGAAGUCCGUGCAUUUUGUUGACUUUUCAUAAAUUUAUAGUUCUUUGCAACAACCCCUUUGUAGUGAGGUGAAUUUUAGAUGUUCAUUUUAUUGUGCACUUCAAUGACUGAAAAUGACCAUGGGCUUUUUUUCAUAAAGAAAAAACAAAUGAGGAUUUGUUCGGGUUUUUGUUUUGUCUGUCAUUUAGCAUCAUAUCUGAGGGACCAUAAUGUAAUUUUAGAUUUCUCGUUUGUUUUCCCCUUUUUAGGUGAUAGUUACUCUUAUAACUAACGCAUAACAAAAGUUAUGGCUUGCUGUCUCACUGUAUAACUUCUGUAUGAAUGUGUUUAAUAGUUUCUUCUACAUUGUGUCAAGGAAACCAUAAAGACCAACUCAGUCACAAUAAUUUCUAGAUCAUUGGACAUCAUGCUAAAAUAUCUUAUUUUAUUAAUUUCAAUUUUUUUUUUGAACCUAGGGAAGCUCUCAGUUCACCUAUGAAGUAGACUAGGCAAGAUUUUUUUGCUGUACUAUCAUGGAGCCUUAUCAGCUUUGUGUAGUCUUUUCUACACAAGUGGAUGAUUCACUUGCGUUCGUUGUAGCUGUUUUGGGAUUUUAAAAUUUUCUUUGGUCAGCAAAUAAUUUUUGUUUGGAAGUACAUACAUCAUUGUUUUGUAGACAUCUUCUACGUCAGAAGAUUAGACAUUCAAGGACUAUUUACCUACUUAUGUUAAAAUUUAAGAUAGGCUCUUAAUUUGUGACAGUAGUAGCUAGUCCAACUUUAGUAAAUUGACUUGUAUGUGAUUUUCAAAGCUUUUGAUGGUACUGCUCAUGGCAACGGUGAUAAGAAAAGUUAGAUUUAAAGUAUAUCAUUUUUCUUCCAAGAGAAAGUUGAUAUCUAAAAUAAUGAUAAAUUAUUAUUCUUUGUUAUUAAUAAAAGAUCUGUGAUAAUCUUGAGAAUCAUUGGAAACAGUGAGAAUUUAGGAUGAGUGUUUGUGAAGCUGAAUGAGUGCAAUAGUAAGAGAAAAAAAAUACUUCUCUCUUUGUCUGUAUGUUUCAGUGCUUGUUUUCUUGCCCCAUGCAAGUCAUUUCCUUGUUAGAGGACUGUAAUUAAAAUACAUCAGGGCCUGAGGGAAAAUGGGCACAUACAAUUUCCUUUUAGCCAAAUGGAAAAAGAAAUUCAACCCUCAAAGGGUAAAGACAGUUUUAUAGAGAAAUUGUGAGGGUCUGCUUUUUAAAAUGAGUAAGAAAAUUUGUAUACUGUUAUGAUUUAGACAACUUUGUUUGUUAUCAUUCAUAUAGGCUUACCAUGCUUCAAUUGCUACUUUGUGUAAUUGUUUGAAUACUGGGGUAGGUCCUGGAGGGUCCCCUGUCUAGAGGGUCCCCCCUGAAUUUUUUACUGUUUUUUAUAGUUCUUAUUAAAAAAAUAGUUUUUAACAUGAAAAUAUUAAUAAAAUAUUAAAAUAUUGUUUACAACUAGUUUUAAAGGUCAGAGUGGCCUAGGAAUUUUUCAUAUUGGUUCCUAAUGUGCUAUAGGGCUCUUGCUCUUAGGAGAAGUGUUACUUUGCUAGUUGCGAUCUGUAUAGUUUACAUCAGGCUAUUAGAAUUAUAUGUUACUGUCUUCUAUUCAGUAGAGGGUUUUCUGAAGUGUGGAAAUGUCGUCGACUUUCAAGUGGGUAAGAGAUCAAAAUGUCAAACAAAAAUGUUAAUGCGUUCCCUUUGGAUACAGCAAGCGAAGUGUCCAGAUGUUCAUUGCAAGGCGAAUCACUUUUAGUACAAACAACUACUGCCCCGCACUUGAUGAACCCAAAAGAAGCGCAGUAGCAUUUUUGUCAAACUUUUG